AUGGAGGUAAAGCCAGAAGCGGGCCCCAGCGGCGUGCAAAGCUUGAGUAAGUGGGAUCCAUCGGCGCAGCAGGCCUUCAUCCAGCCGGCUAUCCACAACAAGAAUCCUGUGCGAGUUGCAGCCAUUCUGACCGCCGCCGGCCUUGCCUCGAAAGGCGCUAUGCUCGUACCCGGGAAUCUGGCCAAGAUGGUUCACGUGGUUGCGUUGAACGCGUGGAUGGGAUCAACGCUGUGGACAACCUUCUUUGCGGGAAUCACCAUGUUCCGGAAUCUCCCACGCCAGACCUUCGGGAAGCUGCAGUCGAAGCUGUUCCCGCUGUACUUCCAGCUCAACUUUGCGUCAAUUCUGGCGAUCUACAUAAUUCGCGGCUGCCCCCUCAGGUCUGUGGACACAAGAGGGGUUGGAAGGGGUACAUAG